AUUUCAAAGUCAAUGUUUUUAAUGUUCUUGGAUUGCGCAGGUCGAUUUGAUUCCGUGCUGGAUUUUUUUUCUAAGUAGGCCUAGACACCUCCCUGCUUUUAACACGACAUUCUUUUAUUCUUGGCAGGCAGCACUAGCGUAGAACUCGCGUGUUGUAUAUUCAAUGGAACCGUUCUUUUAAAACCUCCAAACAUACACUCGCAGGCACUGUCGGCGCUUUGAUAGUUCCGUGUAUUAAAGUUCAGAUUUUUUACUGCUAGGAUUUGGCGUAGCUGUUCAGUGUACAGUAUUAAAACCUACGUGUUAAACUAACUGUUUACACAUGCAACCAGGCUGAAGAGGAGAUAAUAAAAAAUAUAAGCUCCUGAUUUGGCCUUCCAAGGUGGAUUAAGCGUUAACUGGUUGACAGUUUGUUUGUCUUUUAGAGACGAUAGUGUUUUAUUCAUUAGAAAAACAAUAUAGCAGUGGAUAGACAAGGUGUUUUAUUAUAAACUAAACCAAUGGAAUUAGUCUAAUAACUGGAGAAAAAUGAAUUUAAGGAACAGAAGUAACAGAUAAGCCGCGACCACUUAUCUCCAACCUGAGUUGUAUGUGACAUGUAAUAUAAAUGACACCUAGCCUUAAAGAAAUGUGACAGUGUACGUUUCAUAACGAUCUCACAUGGAUAUUUGCUAAAUCAAUACAACGACCAGGUUUUUUUCAACGUCAACAGUAAAAAGAAAUAUUACUAUUUUAAAACAGUGACUUCUUGGAUUAUGAUUCCAGUCUUGUAUACUGAAAACUAUUCCAGCAUUUAAAGAAAUGGCCCACGCUUUAUCAUUGCGUAAUAUACGCAUGCGCAUUGAGACUGAAGAUCCUUUGUAUUAUGGGCAGAAGAAACUCAAGAUGCAAGGUCGUGACCUAGUGAAUUUACCUAAAGCAGUAUUUAAAAUCAUGGAGCUUGAGGUUCUAGACUUGAGUCCAGAGCGAGAAGCCUGUCUGGACUACAAGCUACAGAUGUUACCAGCAGAGAUAGGGAAGCUGCUGAAUUUAUCCACGCUUAUACUGGACACCAACGAGCUACUGGUGGUGCCAGUCGAGAUCACGCUACUGGUGAACCUAGAGAGGCUCGCCCUCAGCAACAACCACCUCACAGAGCUGCCCAACGGGAUAAAACGCUUGAAGAAGCUGACAAGUCUACACUUGGCCAACAACAAGUUCCAGUUGUUUCCCAUGGAGGUCUGCGACAUUACGUCCCUUGUUUUCCUGGAUCUCAGCGACAACUUGUUGAAGCUCCUACCCAAAAGGAUCAGCAAGUUGAAGAACCUGGAGACGCUUCUGUUGUUCAUCAACCAGCUGACCAAGCUGCCGGACACCAUCGUCCAGAUGACUGAGCUCAGGUGCCUCUGGCUGGGCAACAACCAGAUCCGUGCCCUACCCAAAGGGUUUGGGUACCUGACCAAGCUAGACUGGGGAGAAAGAUACACAUCUUCAACGCUUGAUGGGAAUCCAUUGACUAACCCUCCCCUUGAAAUAUGCCGACAAGGUCCCUUUGCAAUAGAAACUUACCAAGGAGUUGGUCCCAACAUUGACGCCCAAAAAGAAGCCGAGAAAGAUGCCAGUUCUAAAGGACGAGGCAGAAACAGAGCAUCAUCUGACGCGGCUAAAAGUCUUCAGAGCUCAGAAAGUGAUAAAAGUAGAGGAUCCAUUGAUGCUACGGCUUUCAGGCGAGGUAGGGCGCCAUCGGACGCCGCUAAAACUCUCCAGGGUUCGGAAAGCGAAAAGGGCCGGGGGUCUAUUGACGCUUCCACCUUCAAGAGAGGCAGGGCGCCAUCCGACGCCGCUAAAACUCUUCAGGGUUCGGAAAGCGAAAAGGGCCGGGGGUCUAUUGACGCCUCCACUUUCAAACGAGGUAGGGCGCCCUCGGACGCCGCUAAAACUCUUCAGGGUUCGGAAAAUGAAAAGGGCAGGGGGUCUAUUGAUGCCUCGACUUUCAAACGGGGCAGGGCUCCCUCUGACGCAAGCAAAUCUUUGACAACACCAGAAAAAAACGUUAAAGUCAACCAGAAUAUCGACACGAUCAAACCCAAAGUGUUGCCGCAGAUUGGGAACGAUCAUAGGAGAUCCUCCACGAAAGCUUUGGAAGGAAAGGAAAACACACCCAAAAUAGGGAAAAACUGAUUUGUCUGAAAUGGACAAAAUCUAGGCACACAAGCACAGGGCCACAAUUUUGUUUUAAAACAGGACAAAAACUGAUAAAUGCUGUUGAUUUUUGUUGUCAUACACGCACCUACAUAGCUACAAGUCCAAAAAAAGUCACACCAAAUAAACUGAAUCCUAACCAAACGACUGGCAAGCUAUAAUGUAGCUAAAGCCAAUCGGUAAAUUUUCAUGGUCCUAUUUUUAUGCUGCAAAUUUUUAUUUUGAUCUAACUGGAUUCAAAUUAUUUUUAAGACUAUUUAUGUUAACCUGGAGAAAUAAAUAAAAUAAAAAAACCAAUAAUGAUGAGCCGUAAUUGGGGCAGAUUAACAUUAUAACAACGAUGUAGUCUAGCAUAAAGUGGCUGCCCUUUGGUGAGUCUUUCCCACUGUGUUAUCUAACAACGUACAAGACAGUAAACAUAUUUCUCUCACAGAACUCAGCUUCAUUUCCAGAAAAAGCUACUGUCUCUAGAAUAUAAUAACUGGCCUGUCCAUGUCAUUUUAUUUAUUCCAUUGUGAUAUUUAUAUUGAUUAUAUAUGUUUAUAUAAAAUAAAUGCUUAAUGCUUAUG